CGUCGCGCGAUGCGGAUUUCCGACUUCACCUCCGUCUUGGGUGCUACUUUAAAGACCCUGUCGAUCUCAUCCUCCAUUGUUCCUCCUAUGAGGUCUGGUUUGUCUUGUAGUCGUAUCAGAUUGAUAAUCCCCGGUCCACGUUGAGAAGUGAUACAAUAGGAAACCAUAACAGAGAAAAGAUGCCGGUCACUAACUUUUCACACCCCGACCCUUAUUCUUACAAUACUGGGUUUGACUCCUAUCAUGAGACCGAAGCGGUCAAAGGGGCUCUCCCCGUAGGACACAACUCCCCGCAGAAGGUGCCUCUCGGUCUGUACGCGGAGAAGCUCUCGGGGACGGCGUUUACUGCUCCUCGACACGAAAACAAACAGACAUGGGUCUACCGGAUCUUGCCCGCGGCGGCCCAUGAAAACUUUACGGCCGAAGAUGCCGAGUCCUACCACACCAGCAUGACGACUGAGACGCACAAGUUACAUCAUAUCCCCAAUCAAUUGCGGUGGGAUCCGUUCGACCUGGAUGAGAAGGUGGACUGGGUGCACGGUAUGCAUCUGGUCGCCGGAUCUGGGGAUCCAACUCUAAAGCAUGGUCUGGGCAUCUUGCUAUAUGCGGCUGGAAAGGACAUGGGGAAGGAGGCCUUCUACUCGGCCGACGGCGACUUUCUGAUUGUUCCGCAGCACGGUGUUUUGGAUAUCCAGACCGAGUUGGGGAGACUGAUGGUCCGUCCCAAUGAGAUUUGUGUUAUCCCUCGUGGUAUCAGAUACCGUGUUACUCUGCCGGCAGGUCCAGUGAGAGGCUACAUCUGCGAGCUCUACCAAGGCCACUACCAGCUUCCCGAGCUGGGCCCCAUCGGAUCCAACGGCCUCGCCAACCCCCGAGACUUCCAAGCCCCAGUAGCCGACUUCGACGACAGCGAGGAAGAGCACAAGCUGUACAGCAAAUUCAACAACACUCUAUUCUCCGCGCGCCAGCAUCACAGCCCCUUCGACGUUGUCUCCUGGCACGGCAACUACUACCCGUUCAAGUACGAUCUCGGACGCUUCAACACCAUCGGUUCGGUCUCCUUCGACCACCCCGACCCCUCCAUUUACACCGUGCUGACGGGGCCCUCCGACCACGCCGGUACCGCCAUUGCCGACUUCGUCAUCUUCCCGCCCCGCUGGCUCGUGGCUGAGAACACCUUCCGGCCGCCGUGGUACCACCGCAACACCAUGUCCGAGUUCAUGGGCCUGAUAUGCGGUGGCUACGACGCGAAGACCGGCGGUGGCUUCCAGCCGGCGGGUGCGAGUCUGCACAACGUCAUGAGUGCCCACGGUCCCGACUCGGAUGCUUUCGAGGGAGCUAGUAACGCGGAGUUGAAACCGCAGAAGGUUGGCGACAAUAGCAUGGCGUUCAUGUUUGAAAGCUGCCUCAUGGUUGGUGUGUCCGAGUGGGGCUUGAAGACCUGUAACAAAGUCCAGGAGGAGUACAACGAGCAUAGCUGGCGUCCUCUGAAGAGACACUUUAAGAACCCCAACAAGGCUUGA